AUGCAAGUGUCCAAAAAAGGUCAAUAGUAAUCAUUUGCAGAAUAUGUUAAAUAAAUAACUAGUUAAUCCGUUAAUAGAUUGUAGCAAACAUCGACAAAACAAUUUCGAUCAACCAAUCUUCCUCAACUGUUGAGCGACAUGGAUCAAUCACCUUACAUGAUGACCACUUUGGACCAGGCUAAAUUCCCUAAGGUGGUCAAGGUGGGCAAGACUUCCUAUUUGAAUUACAGUUCGAGUGAAUAGAAAAAUUUUGAAGAGUUGGCAUCCAAAUUCGUUAGGCAGUUAGAAUAACACACAAUAAGAAUCGACAAGGAGACGUCAAGAAUCAAUUUAAUGCGCUUUUAGAUAAACAUUUAGAAGUCGAGGAGGCAUCUGUAAAGAAGGAGUCCAAUGCCAUGCUGA